UGGCCCCCCCGGCCCCGUGAAGUGGCUGAAGGGUUGGGGCGAUGGGAACCAGACCGUGUAUGCUGACGUGGGCUCCUACCCCCGCGUGGAGAGGACAGCGAGUGGAUCUGAGACCGACUACAGCAUCCGCAUCGGUGACUUCCAACCCGAGGAUGCUGGCACCUAUUACUGUGUGAAGUUCCGCAGAUCGGUGAGCAGCUACGAGGAGGUGUUUCUACGUGGAGGUGGCACAGAGGUGUCCCUGCAUGAGACGUCCCUGGUUCCUGGCAUGGUGGCUGCGGCCGUAGUGCUCUGCUUCCUCCUCCUCGUCCUCUUCGCCGCCCUUCGUGUGUACAGGAGGAAGCGCAGGGCUGAGACGUGGAGUCAGCACCCGGAUGGGCCGGUGACCAUGGGCAACUCCUUGUCUGCCUCUCUGCGGUGCUGUGCAGGGACCCCUGGCACCCCCAGCAAUGAAGUUCUGGAUACAGAGACCUCACGUCUGCCCAACCAG